AUCAUUCAUUUACGUCCGCUUUCCAUGUUAGCAUGGGUGGAACCCCAGAACUACUACCAAAUGUGUGUAACAAGACAGAGCACAGAUGGAGACAUUUGUUCCUCAGCUCAGUUCUACACCCGACAAUGUGCCAGGCAGGGUAUUUACCUCACAAUACCCGAUUACUGUGUUUCAUGCCAGGAGAGUACUGGCUACUGGCCGACGGACGAGAUGAAGUUAUUCUCACGAUCACCACCACAGAGGAUGGCAGAAGUGUCUGGGACAGCAAAAACUCUGCCGAUAUCAUCUUCGUUGUGGAGGAACGAAAAUGCAACCAGAAGACGGCUAAUGCAAUCAAAGACCUUGCUGAAUCCCUCGAUGACAUCUUUUAUAAAUCUGGAAUGAAGCACAUCCGAUAUGGCCUGGUGGGCUUCGGUGGAAAGAACAUGCCGGAACAAUAUGCAAGAACAUUGGGAUCCGAGCUGCUUUUCUCUGCUUCAAGCUUCUCAAACAUUCUUCCAGAAAUCAAAUACGAUGGGUUCGCUGGUUCUGAUCCCAUGGCAGCUGUUCAAUUUGCAACCAAGUACCCCUUCAGAUCUGGUCUGCGGAAAACAAUUGUCCUCCUCUCCUGCACCCCGAGUGUCGAGAAAACGGCUACUUAUUAUGAGGCAUUCGAAGAACUUAAGAAGCUGGACAUCGCAUUGCAUCUACUCCAAGACUACACCUUCAGAAACACCCAAAACAGGAACACCAAAACCAUUUUGUAUGGAGUCGACAGAAACCAGGCUUUUGCCAGAAAAGAAGUCGAGGAAGAAUUAUUCGAUUCCAUCCAAAUACCAAAGGACUAUUACGGACAGCUUGCCCUUGCAUCAAACGGUUCUUUGUUCGAUGCCAGAGUUCUUGCAAAGCAAACUGAACAACGAAGCUUUGUAUCAAGAUUCGCACAGCGUAUUGCCGAUUCCGUAGAGGUGGACCCGUGUUUGCAGUGCCAAUGUACCAUAACCGACAUGGGUGUGGCCCAACCCCAGUGCCCUCGCUGUUCCCAUGUUUCAGACCCUUCUUAUUUUUCUCUCGGACAAACAUUUUUCCGGCAAGAACUAACCAUUGAUGAAAGCAUAAAGGAGCAGUUUAGUUUGUAUUGGAAACGUUUUAAGAAAGCCCCUGCCGGUGCCAAGAAUCGACCCCACAAAAACAGGACGUGAUAGGACAACAUUCUCGCUACCAGUAUCUCCGCUGGCAUCAUUUUAUAUCACUCUUCUUCUUCUUCUUAUUAUUAUUAUUAUUCAUAUACACUCAACAGAUUAGACUACUGGAAAAGAAAAGGGCCCUAACAUAAGGCAACAGCAAGAAACCUUAGAUGCCAAGAACCCUUCUAAGUAUCCUAGCUGUCCCCAAUAACACUGUAUUAAGCAGCUGUACUAAUCUGGGUUUUAUCCCUAUUUCCUCUACCCAUUUGUUCAGAUCUUUAGGGAUAGUUCCCAAUGCACCUAUAACUACGGGGAUAUUAUUAUUAUUAUUAUUAGGGUUUAAGGGAAAGCAUCCUAAGGUAUUAGUACAGGCUCUCUGCGUUCUGAGUUCAUAAAUCUGCUACGGUCAGCCCCCCCUUUUUUUUUUUAGCUUUUCAUCCUUUCAAGGAAAGGGGCCAAUUUGAUCGCAGAUCUUUAGGGAUAGUUCCCAAUGCACCUAUAACUACUGGGAUAUCAUUAUUAUUAUUAUUAGGGUUUAAGGGAAGGCAUUGGAUAAAAGCAUCCUAAGGUAUUAGUACAGGCUCCCUACGUUCUGAGUUCAUAAAUCUGCUACGGUCAGCCCCUUUUUUUUUUUUAAGCUUUCAUCCUUUCAAGGACAGGGGCCAAUUUGAUCGCAGAUCUUUAGGGAUAGUUCCCAAUGCACCUAUAACUACUGGGAUAUUAUUAUUAGGGUUUAAUUGAAGGCAUUGGAUACAGGCUCUCUUCGUUCUGAAUUCAUAAAUCUGCUACGGUCAGCCCUUUUUUUCUUUUUGUUUUUUAGCUUUCCAUCCUUUCAAGGACAGGGGCCAAUAAUUAGAUCGUUCAACACUUCUCUGUAACAAAAAAAAAAAUAAAAG